AUGAGCGGCGCGAGACUGUGCUCUCUGGUGGCGGAGCUAGGUUACGAAGGCGCCGGAAAGUUGGACCCGGACAGCUUCGAAUGGCCGUUCCAGUACGACGAUGCCCGCCCUAUCCUCGAUUGGAUCUGUUCCUCUCUUCGCCCCUCCAAUGUCCUCUCUCUCGCCGAGCUCUCCCUAUACGAGCAAUUUCAAAGAGAAGGGAAGCUCUUAGAGGGCGAGGAUCUAGACCAGGCAUAUGAUAGCAUCUCAGCAUUUUCUUCCAGGAGAAACAACCAGGAGGCGGUUUUUGGAGCUGAAGAAAGCAUAAAAGAAGUAAGAGAUGCAACUUUGGCGCAUAAAGCUGAAGCCUUGGAGUUGCAGAGGCAGCUAAGGCGGUUACAAACUCAAUACGAUUUACUCACUGGCCAAUCUUCAUCUCUGAUUCAAGGGAGACGUGCUCGAGUUGCUGCAACGUCUGCUGUCACUGGACAGAUAACAGCCAUAGAAGACAGCUUAUCUGCUAGAAAUUUGCAGAUGAAUGGAGUUCUAGGAAGAUUGGCUUCCACUUCUCAAGAGCUGGCUCAUUAUCAUUCCGGCGAAGGUGUCCUUCAGGAUGGAAUCUACUUAGCAUACUCAGAUUUUCAUGCCUACUUGGAUGGAGAUUCAGCCUGCACAAAGGAGCUGAAUCAGUGGUUUGCUAAGCAGCUAGAUACAGGGCCAUACCGUUUAGUUGCUGAAGAAGGAAAAUCAAAAUGCUCAUGGGUUAGUCUUGAUGAUACAUCAAACAUGUUGCGAGCAGAUUUGGAAAAGUCACAACAUCAACGUGUAUCUGAACUGCAAAGGCUCCGAUCCAUCUUUGGAACAAGUGAGAGACAAUGGAUUGAAGCCCAGGUCGAGAAUGCUAAACAACAAGCUAUUUUAUUGACACUCAAAUCUCAAGUAACAUCAGUUGAAGCUCAUAUUCAUUUUGAUCUACAUUCUCUAAGGAGAAAACAUGCAGAUCUUGUCGAAGAAAUUUCAACCCUUUAUCAGAAAGAAGAAAAACUCUUAUCUGAGACUAUUCCUGAACUAUGUUGGGAGCUUGCUCAACUACAGGACACCUAUAUCUUGCAAGGUGACUACGAUCUAAAGGUCAUGCGUCAAGAACUGUAUAUUAGUAAACAGAAAGUGUUCAUCAAUCACCUGGUUAAUCAGCUUGCAAGACACCAGUUCUUGAAAUUAGCAUGUCAGCUAGAAAAGAAAAACAUGCUUGGAGCAUUUUCUCUUCUGAAAGUUAUCGAAUCCGAACUCCAAGGUUACCUCUCCGCCACAAGAAGCCGUGUGGGGCGGUGUUUGUCACUGAUCCAAGCUGCAUCUGAUGUCCAAGAACAGGGAGCAGUGGAUGACCGUGACAGCUUUUUACAUGGAGUUAGAGAUCUCUUGAGCAUCCACUCAAAUGCACAAGCCGGGUUAUCAACUUAUGUCUCAGCUCCAGCCAUCAUUCAGCAGAUUGUUGCUCUUCAAUCGGAUCUGUCAUCUCUUCAGUCUGACCUUGAGAAUUCUCUUCCAGAUGACAGAAAUAGAUGCAUUAACGAGCUGUGUACCCUUAUUCAGAACUUGCAGCAACUACUCUUUGCGUCUUCAACUACAGCGCAACCCAUAUUGACACCAUGGCCGCUGAUGAAAGAACUUGAUGAAAUGGGGAAAAUCAACUCCAAACUCUCUGCAGCAGUGGAGGAGGUAACGCUUGAGCACCGCGAGAAAAGGGAGGCGAGUCUUAAUUUAUUCACUUUAAUUCCGCUCCUACCACAAAUAGAAAUAUCUAUCGUGAAGCAUCACUCCAAGGACGUGGAACUUCAAAGGCGGGUAUUUGUGGACUUUUUCUGUAACCCAGAGCGAUUGAGAAGCCAAGUUAGGGAACUCAAUGCUCUUGUUCGUGCUCGUCAAGCCUCAUCAUAG